AUGAGCUAUUUCACUAAUUGGAAGGCUUUAUUUACGGUUCAGGUUUUUCCAGGCAGACAUGAGUACAAAUUUUUGAUCGACGGUAAAUGGAUGGUUGAUGAAAAUGUCGCUAAAACCGAUAACAAAUUUGGAAGCCAAAACAAUGUGAUUGCUAUUGAUGAGGCCGAUUUUGAAGUGUUCGAUGCACUUGAUCGCGAUUUGGCAUCAUCACAUGCUGGCGAAGCGAUGCGCAAAGUUAAUGCUGCAGGAGCACCACCUUCUUCACAUGACACUCCCAAUGAGCGGGAGAUCGAAAAGCUGAAAAAUUUCACGCAGGAAGUACCGGAUCGAAAAGAAUUUGAAAAAGCACCAAAUCCACCUGUUUUACCGCCCCAUCUUUUGCAGGUAAUUCUAAACAAGGAUACCCCGGUACAGUGUGAUCCGAAUGUGCUGCCCGAGCCGAACCAUGUAAUGUUGAAUCAUCUCUAUGCGCUUUCGAUCAAAGAUGGCGUUAUGGUGCUGUCGGCAACACAUCGUUAUCGUAAAAAAUACGUGACCACACUUCUGUAUAAGCCAAUUUGA